UUCUGCAUCAUCCGACUGCGUCGAUCUCACCUGUUGCAAGAUGCGCUAGACGAGCUCUGCCGGCAGAGGAAGAGCGACUUGUUCAAGCCGCUCAAGGUUGUGUUCAUAGGGGAGGAGGGAGUUGACGAGGGGGGGCUGAAGAAGGAGUUCUUCGCGCUCAUAGUUCAGCAGCUCUUCGAUCCCUCCUUCGGUAUGUUCCUCCAGCAGGAGGAGACGAGGGUCCUCUGGUUCAACCCCUCCUCCCUCGAGUCCUCCCAGGAGUUCAUGCUGGUGGGGUUGCUGCUGGGACUUGCCGUCUACAACCACGUGCUCCUUGACCUUCAGCUGCCUCUCGUGCUAUGGAAAAAGCUUCUCUCCCUCCCCCUCAACCACCAGGACGUUGCCGAUCUCAGUCCUGAGACCUCCCGCGGCCUCCUCGCCCUCCUCGAGUACUCGGGGCCGGGGGACGUGCAGGACGUCUUCUGCCUGACGUUCCAGGCAGCGAUCGAGUCGUUCGGGGAGAGAAGGGUGGUGGAGCUGAAGGAGGGAGGAGGAGACGUGGAGGUAACAAACAGCAACAGGAGGGAGUACGUGCAGCGAUACGUUGAGUACCUCCUGUCCUCCUCUGUCAGCUCGCAGUUCGAGCCCUUCAAGGAGGGGUUUCUCUUCAUGUUCGAGCAGGAGGGGAUUCUAAAGCUGCUCAGCCCGCGAGAGCUGGAGGUGCUGGUUUGCGGGUCUCCAAAUCUUGACUUCAAAGGGCUGGAGGAGGCAGCGACAUACGCGGGCGGGUAUAGCGCGAGCAGUCAAGCCGUUGAAUGGUUCUGGCAGAUUGUGCGCGAGUGGGACCUAGAGCAUAAGAAAUUGUUACUCAAGUUUGUGACUGGGAGCGACAAGUCUCCAAUAGGCGGU